AUGGCAAGCUCGGUGACCUGGGAUUAUGCAAUCCAAAACGCAGCAUGGCGGCGAGGCAGGGAGAGGGAUGAGUGUGCAUGCGUGCUGUGGGCAUCUAAGCUGAGAGGAGUGGCCCCCGAAGGUGUUGGGCCGAGCAGGGACACCGCUUGGGUGAUGUGCCAAUUGCCAGUGCCAAGCUCGGUGUCCAACCGGAGUUCUGCGGUGAUCAGAUUCGUGGAUAUGGCUGAUAACGAGAAAGAGGUCGGGGAGGGAACCACCCACCGAGGGGCGGACUGGGAAGUUGUGACUCUCACAGCAUCUGCGUAUGAAGCGGCGCCAGGGCCUGUCGGAACGGAAGUAAAGCCUGUUAAUGAAGAUCAAGAGCGUAGUUCAUCCAAUGAACUGCUCAGGUCUGACCACUUUGUGUUUCCGCCGAGUGAGCACGAGAACCUGCCAAUACAAACCAGUUUUGAUGAGAUACAGACUGAGAAGGAUGUGCAGAAACCUAGUACCAGUGUGGAGGAUUAUAGUAUCAAGAAUGAUGCUGGGUCUGAGAGAGUUCAGUUUGAUGAUGAAGGGAAACACCUCUCAGAUGAUGAUGUGGAGAUGAGAGAUGACACGCCUGGGUAUGGUUCAUCUCAUGCUGAAGAUGAUGCACAUGGUUUUGUUGCCCAUGAUGAUGGCAUUGAGUCUGGUGAAGAUUUUGAUGAAAAAUCAGGCCACCCUUCAGAGCCCGCAGACAGCAAGAGCUGUGAUACUGGUGCCUCAUGCAAAUGUUGGUUGAAGAAGCAUAUGACAUGCCUGUAUAACCAAGCAAAGGAAACAAAUGCUAUCUGGUCUGUGGUGGUUGCAGCCGCACUAGUUGGUAUUGUGAUUUUGGGACGUUGGCACAAAGAUAAAUUGCACCUUAACCAGCUUAAAUGGCGCUCUGGCUCAGCAGUGAGGUAUGUUAACCUCUUGUUUCCUACAAUUGUACACAUUAUUUCAUAG